CAAAGCUUCAUUUUUAAUUGAUAUCUAUCAAAAAAUCCACGUGAGUCUCGAGAAAAGUGACAAAAAUCUAAAUCACUUGCUUCUGGGCAUUCGCAGCGUAGCUACAAAACCAGUUAUUUACAAAGGAAUGAGAAGAAAUGUACGCACAACGGAGAAAAAAGAAACGAUCCAGCAACCGAAUUUAUCGCGUCGACUUGGAACGUGGCAGUAAUGGGGGAUUCGGGUUCUCCAUUUCGGGCGAGAAGCCUUGCGCGUUUUCCUGCGUCGCCAAAACUUCACCCGUUUACGGUUUGCUUAAGGCAGGCGAUUAUCUCAUUGCUGUCAAAGACUUGGAAACGGAUGGUCCCGAGAUAAAUGUCUCAAAAAUGCCACACGAUCAAAUUGUAGAUUUAAUUUCGAAUGCUCCGGGACGCUUGAGACUUGCUGUUGCCGAACGUUUAUACUUCAGUUCGGACGAGGAAACGGAAUUUUCGGCGAAAAAUCAUCAACAUUUGACAAAACCCAUGCGAGCGUAUCACGAAAGACGCUCAAAUAACGCGUCAUUGAGAGCUCCAUUGCUUUUUCCGUAUUCCAUGGAUGGGCAUCGACAUGUUCAUGAGCCGCCAUUUCAAGCAGCUGCCAGUAGAGAGAAUUUAGAUCUGCCUUCGGAGCUGUUUGAAGACCCUUUAUUGAUGAAUGCCGUUGCGCAACGCAAAACUUUGGAGUUUAAAAUCGUCGUUGGAUAUUUGGGCACAAUUGAGAUGCCCAAACAAAUUGCUACAAGCUCAAAACACACAACAGUCAAAGGUUGUAUCCGUAAAUUACGUCAAGAUAAACGAACGCCAAGUAUCGUUUUGAUGACAAUUCUCCCGGGAAGUCUUACUCUCACAAAUGCAGAGAACGUUGUACUGGCAAAUUAUCCUGCAAUUCGCUUAAAUUACGUCAGCGGGAGUUCCGAGAACAACAGCAAGUACUUUGGGUUAGUCACAUCCGCCACAUAUGCGAACGGGAUGAUGUGUGACACGACAGAAGUGAUUCCCCCAUCGAACGAGGUGAGCGUCUCGAACAGUUGUCACGUCUUUGUUGUCGACAAAAGCAUCACGGAGCACGGAAUGCACGUCGAAACAGCAGCUCAGUUCAAAAUUGAGUGCACUCGAGAUCAAGUAACGGGUUAUUGUUUGGAAUUUCCAACGAAUUCGGAGUAUAUUGUGAGUUUAAUUAAGAGUAUGUACACGCGACGUGAAGAAAAACCCGCGCAAGUCUCUCAUCCGUUGAACAUACGAAACGUAAAUUUGCAAUUUCGUCCUCGACGAACUCAACCAAUCCGAAGACAUCGACCGCAGCAACAACAACAACAGCAGGAAAAUCAAUUAAGCAACAAUAGUGGCGAAACAACGACAUCUUCAAGUAAUUCCGACUCCGGCAUUGGCUUCCAUAACGAUUGCACGAACAUCUCCGAUCGCAUUGUAGUUGUCGAUUUCCCGCAUCAAAGUGAUUUUUUGUCAUCGCGCACAAGUAACAUGAGUCACAAUCAUCAACGCCCGAUCGGCAUCAUCCAUGAAGUCCCAAAUUCCUUGCCAGAAUCCACAGAAGUACUUAGUGCCAUUAACAAUCCCAUUUACGAAACGGUCUAUCCGCGCAAAUUGCCCUUCGAAGAACGUCCCAUCGAUGUCCCGGAACACAUAAUCUCCUACACUCGUGAUACAAUCGCCGCCAUGAAAGACAAAAUUAACGUCACCCAAUCCUGUGAUGACCUUUCGACAGCUUCUUGUGAUGCGACACUUACUGCCACGGACCAAUAUCGCGCCAUGCAAAUGUCUGCGGAUAAUCUCGUCGCUUCGUAUCACCAGCAUCAGCAUCAACAACAACAAAAAACGGAAUUUCUCAUGCCACAAAAGCCUCUUUUGAUUAAAAAAACGAAAAAAUCUCGUACUCUUCCAAGUAAUAAGCCAUCGAAUCCGACUUCGAAUCAACCAACAAAGAAAAUUGAUCAAAGCGAGAAACUCAGUUCGUACAAAUUGAGUCCGAAAGUCUUUGGAUUGCCUCGUCCCAUAUCGAUGAGCUUCGAAAAUUUGAGUUCCGGCUUGUUUAGUGUCAAAAAAGGACUUGAUUUUAUCUCCAGCAGUGUGCAAGACCUCACUGAAGGGCAACUCGAACGCAAUGGAUUCAUCGAUGGGACGAUUAGUGAACCGGAUUUAUUGACAGGACAAAAUCAAGCGUAUCACGACGAGAAAUCGCCAUUUCAUCGCAAAAAUCAGGCGUCGUUCAGAUCGUUAUCGGACUUUGGGCGUCAUUCGCGCAAUAGUCAGGAGAAAUUGAGCUCGUCGGAAAAUAGUGUUUGCAAGCAAUCAACGGAGAGCAUUGACACGUGUGCCUUACGUGGACCAACUGCAUGGGCGAAUUCGUUGGAAAAGUUGCUCGAAGACAAGGAGGGAAUUCAUAUUUUUGCGGAAUUUCUUAAAAAAGAAAUCUCAGCGGAAAAUAUCUACUUUUGGGCAGCAUGUGAGCGUUACCGACACAUGAACGACAUUGAACGUGCCGCCGAAGCCCCCCAAAUUUAUGAAAAAUAUCUCGGACCGAAUGCAAGUGAUCCCGUGAAUGUAGAUUCCAAAGCACGUUCAACGACGCGAGACAGACUGGCACUUGCCGAGAGUGAUUUAUUCGAUUCGGCACGCAAGCAAAUCUUCAAUCUGAUGAAAUUCGACAGUUAUUCGCGGUUUUUGAAAUCGGAUCUGUACAAAACCUGCUUGGAAUCGGAAAAUAAGAAGCAAAAACGUGGUUUGGCAUCGGAGCAGUUCGAUCCGCUGCUGAAUAUUUAUCCGAAGUCGUCGUCAGUGACAGGUUCAAAGAUUAAAAAGUCCUAUAGUAAUGCGGAGGAUCGUCGAAGAACGUCACUUUUGCCGUGGCAUCGCAAAAUUCGAUCACAAUCGAAGGAUCGCCUGAAGGAGGGAAAGAAAAUUGAACUCAAAGAUCAAAAUAAACUGCUGUCGAUAUCGAAAACGUCUGUUAAUGACAUGCAAGUCUUCGGUGAUGCGUACAAUUUUGACGCAAUGUUGGGCAAAAGUGGGCCAAUGGAUGAUCGUUCGAGUAACUUAUGCAGAAUUGUGUUGCCUGACGGUGCAAAUUCCAUAAGUCAAGUGCGUGACGAGCCCAUUCAGGAUUAUGUGAAGAAAAUUUUGGAGAAGCGGAACCUCAAGUACAAGCACUUUGAGGUAUUUUACGUGGAUAAAAAGUGCUCACAAUCGUUAGACUUGACGGCGUCGGCAUUGACGCUCGCACAUCAACAGAUAAAAGUCGAGCAACGAGUGCUUUUUAAACUCGACUUGCCCAAUAAAAAAGUCAUAUCGGUCAAAAGUAAGGCAAAUAAAGUGUUAUCGGACGUCUUGAAACCGAUUUUGAACAAAUAUAACUACAAAAUGGAGGAAGUUCAGGGCUUUGUGAAGGAACAAGGAACACAACCCCUUGACACUACUAAGGAAGUUACAUCCGUUGAGGAUAAACGUCUCUUGAUUUUGUACAAAAAUUGUGAUGAUGCCAAACAACUUUCAAAGCAAGAUAAGUCAAACACGUUGGAUGAAAUCACCAACAAAGUCUUUAACGAAGUGCUACAAGGCAAAAUUGACUCGGAAUCUGUACAAACAUCCACGCAGUCAGAGGAUUUUUAUUCCGAGGCUUCAUCCACGCGUCAUAGGAACUUGCUGCAAUUGCCCACAAUUGGCAUGAAACCCGUUUUACAGGAAGAAUGUGAUACAGAAACAGGCGAUUCGGAGUCAAAAAAGCCGUUAAUCGCCAAAUUGAAAGCUGGCGUGAAACUUCAGACGCCGGAUAUGAAAGCGCAAGAACUCUUAGCUGAAAUCAAACGUGCUCAACGUACCCGUUUAGAAGAUCAACGAGGAACGGAAAUCACAAUCCCAUUACCUGAAUUCCUUUUGAAAGACAAUUCCCCGCGAAAACCUGAACCAGCUCCCAGAUUGUCACUCUGUGAAGGCCAAAAUGUCUUCAAUAAAGUCCAAAACUACGAAAUGAAUGUCAGUCCAACGAAAAGUCAUCACUCGUACACGCAAGAACACAAAAUAUCGCCGAAUAGUUAUCGCAAUCGGAAUUUUGAUGAAGGUGAAAUUGCUUAUAUUGACUCAAAUAUCGGUGACACAACGUUAGUUUUCCAUCACGAUUCCGCAGGAAGCUCAAAUUCAAAUGAAGUUUUUAAGAAAUUCAGUAAUAGUCCUCCUCCGCUUCCGCCAAAGCCCCGCGCAAAGCAAAGUAAUGAGAAUUCUCCGUCAGAGACAACGACGCACUUUCCCCACAGUUUUCCGAGUGGGACUUUUAUUUAAAAAAAAAUAAUUUAAAUUUUAAGUUUUAACAUGAAAAAUGUGCCAACGUAAAAUGUAACGAACAUUCUAAAAAAAAGUAUUAUAUUCUUGUCUUUAUAAAAAAAUAAGAUUUUAAGAAAGAAAUAUUUACUCAAAUUAAUUUAUAAUAAUAUUUAAGCUUUAAUUGACGACCAUAUCAUGAAGAUAUCAUA